ACACUGGAAUGUCUACGAAGUAAGAAGAUGCAGGAUUGAAUAGGCAACAAACAUGGAUAUGACAUUUCUUUUGAAAUGUCUUAUCGUUUACUGCAUAACUAUUAUAUUUGUGGAUCACUUGACCACAGGUCAACAAGACUCGUGUUCAGAUUGUACAAGGUUCGAAAUGAGGAAGGACUUGUCUUGUCAUGUAGUGUUAACAUUUUUAAGAACAACAGAUGUGACAACUUGCAUGAGGGAUUGCACGGACGAUUGUCAUGGAUUGUUAUUCAAUGAACUUGAAAGAAAUUGUAUUUUAUGCGCAUCGGUAAAAAUUGCAACUGGAAACCCUGACAAAAAGGCGACGGCGUUUGAAAAGGUCAAGAAAAAAUGUGGUGACCAGACUCCAUCUGAUUCUACGAAAACUUCGCAAAAAUUGUGCCCUCCGUUCGAGAACAAAAAAAACGGGAAAGUGGUUGGAGAAUCUCUGCUUGAAGGUGCCACUAAGAAUUUGACCUGCCACCCCGGAUACAGUCCUCGAGACAGAAAUAACGUUGUGAGCCAAUGUAAAAAUAGCCAAUGGACGAAAAUUACGGAUUGUGCUAUAGUGUGCCCUACUUUUGAGAACAUCAACAACGGAAAAGUUGAAGGAGACACUCUGUUCGAAGGUGCAACUAGAAAUUUGACUUGCAAUCCCGGAUACAGUCCCCGAGACAGCAAUGCUGUAUUGAGUCUUUGUCAAAAUGGCCAAUGGACAAAAAUAACGGAAUGUAUUAAAGACUGCCCUCCUUUUGAGAACAACAGCAAAGGGAACGUUACAGGAGACUCUCUGUUUGAAGGUGCAACUAGAAAUUUGACUUGCGACACCGGAUACAGUCCCCGAGACGACAAUAUCGUAGUCAGCCGAUGUCAAAAUGGUCAUUGGACGAACAUAACGGAAUGUGUUAAAGUUCAGAACUGUGUGACCUUGCAAAACAAUGCUAAUGGAAAACUGAAGAGCGGGCUGUACCAAAUAAACCGCGGAGGAAGGAACUUUCACAUUUACUGUAACUAUGGCGACGGUGACGGAUACGUCUACAUUUCAACCUCGAUCCCGAGCGACGUGGACCUGAACUUGGCGUCCCUCUCUGACGAUAGAAGCCACGUUAAGGUCAUCCACAGGCGUCAGAAUGGCAGACAGUAUGAGGCGGCAAUUCGACAGAUUGAUGCCUUCAAAACGUUACCAGUCUCCGUUCAAUUCAACAAGCAUGACGGUUAUAACGGCGUAAUAAACACAGCCAUGGGACCAUACGUCUUCACAGGAUUCGUACCCCUGUCUCUCAACUUUAAAUACGGCACACAGGGCUGGAAAGUCAACGGCAAUGAGUUCAAGUUCACCAACUGCGACGGAAACCCCAACAGCUACUUCGCGCUGCUGCUCAAUGCCAACAAAGCCGGCUAUACACCAAAUAACGGCGGGAAGUCUUCCCUGAUGUACGCUUGGUAUGAACUGGCGACUCCGGUCAGCGAGUUACUUCCGGAGGCCAUAUUUUCACCGGAUUAUGAGAUCCAGCAUGGCGGUUGUGGAGGGUACAGCAUCGGAAAAACCGAAACUGACGUCACAGGAGUCACGAUUGGUCAGCGAUUCAUUAUCACCUGUUCGGAGCCCGAUGACGUCAGAGACGCCACAAAGACGUUUGGUGGUGUCGAGCCGGGCUCCGUAGUGACGUACCUCUGUAACCCUGGAUACACGAGCUCAGGGGAUCUCAUGCGGACGUGCACGCCGACCGGUGGCUGGUCUGGCGUACAGCCCACUUGCACACGUUAAAUCCAAUAUCAUUGUGUUUUUGUAUAACUCGCUAACAUUACACUCUAUGAGCAUAAUUUAAAUGUUCGUAUUCGGUUUUGCUGGUACACAAGUUUCACGAGGACAAAUGCCAAGAUGUGGUAAUAAUUUAAAGUCCAGAACGGAAACGGAUGUAUUUCAUCAUAUAGUUCUUGUUAACCGGUCAUUCAAACAGGUCAGUAAAGAUUAAUAUAGGCGAGCUAGAGAGCAAAAAUACUUUGUUUUGCUAACCAUCACAUGACAGAUAAUUGUAAUGCGUCACAUAACAUGUUGAAAUUAUAGAGGUUAACCGACCUCCUUUUUCUGAACACUACUUCAUAAUCAGAUACAUGAUAAAGAUGAAUCAUUUUCUGUAAAUAUUAGUUUAUUUUACGUAGGCAAUUAAACAUUAAUUAAGUGAACUACCUCGGAUACUUGUCAUCUUAAUGUCCUGUACCUUACCAUAAGUUAUUUGUGGUGGUACCGAAACAAAAAUGACAAUGACAUUUAAUUUGAUUACA